GCUGGGUUAGAUGUGGACUUCUCAGUCACCACCCCUUCAGGGAUCUUGCUGAUCAUGGAACGGAGGAGGUCAGAUGGGGUCCACACCGUGGAGCCCACAGAAGCUGGGAGAUUACAUGAUUUGCUUCGACGAAAACUCCUUCAGCACCAUAUCUGAGAAGUUGGUGUUUUUUGAGAUCAUAUUUGACAGUCAGCAGGGUGACGACGAGCCAGACAGCUGGGCCGAUAUUGUGGAACCCGACGAGCUCCUGGAUAUAAAGAUGGAGGACAUCAAGGAGUCCAUAGAAAGUAUGAGGGCCAGACUGGAGCGCAGCAUGCAGAUGCAGACAGUCCUGCGAGCCUUUGAAGCCAGAGACCGUAACCUACAGGAGAGCAAUCUGGAAAGAGUCAACUUUUGGUCAGCCGUCAAUCUCGGAGUUCUGGUGACUGUGGCUUUCCUCCAGGUCUACAUGCUGAAGAGCCUCUUCGAUGACAAGCGCAAGACCAGG